CGUGAAUGACAAGAAUAACGACACGAAUGUUCCCGCGUUUGUUAGUUGUUUACUUUCGUAAAAAAGCUCCAACUAAUUUGAUCAUUUAUUGCGAUUAUACUGAACUUGUUUCUUUGUGAAAUAUUGACCAUAUUGUUGCUUAUAGUGUUUUAAAAUAAUACCUGAAAAGUUGUAUUAAUUCAGCGAUUUUAGCUGUAAAGAUGGACGGCCCUACUCAAAACCAUCAGAAUCAGGACCAAACUAUUAACAAAAAUAUGUCCACUUAUGCAGUAAAAUGUCUUCUUCCAUUUCAGCUAAGAACAAACAUAUUAAGGUUAUUCAUAAGCAGCAGCUCCCAGAUAACCCAAAGUCACACAUUUCUUGUCCCUUAUGCAAAGUAUUCUUGUGAGACUUAUCAAAGACUUGAAGCUCAGGUUAAGUCAUGAUAUCAAAAUAGAGUCCUCAACUUUCCAUUUUUCCAGCGAAGAAAGAUUUGAGGAAUGGUUAAGAGAGCAUAAAAUAAGCACAAACUAUGCACUUGUUCACACAAGGACAACUGAAGACAAGAUUGAAAAAGUAUAUUGUUGCAAUCGCAGCGAUUUUAGAGGUGAACUCCUUGGGGAAUGUUCUUUCAAUAAUAUUGAAGCUAGCCAUAGUCUAGAAAUUGAAACAUUUGUUAAUGAGAAGACGACUGCAAAUCAACAAGUAGCAGUACAACGAUUGAACAAGCAAUCAACAAGAGAAAUUGAAAUUGAAAGUGUAUCAAACUUUUUAAAAUCUUUAAAUGAUGAAACUUAUGAUAAGUGCAUGAGACAACUGACAUCAAUCAUGGACCAGAUAAAUAAGACAAAUACAAGUAAACGAAAAAUGGACAAACAAGUUUAUUUUCCAUCAAAGAAGAAGAAGGAGCAGUAAAUAAAAAUAAUUAAUUGUAUAUUUUUUUCUAUUUAUCAGUAUUUUUUUUAUAUAAUAGUAGGUAUAUUUUUAUAGGUUUACUAUAUAUGUGUAUUAUAAUUUUUUAUGUAAGUUUUAGGCAAAUAUUUGAAAAAACAUUACCUGUCUCAUAAGUUUCUUGCAGUUUCUUCUUAUGAGUAUUAAUCGCAACUGUGAAUUGUAAAUUAGUAUUUUAGCAUAAAAUAAUUAAGUUUCUUUUCAAAUCAGUCAUAUACAUGUCUUUGCAGCAUUUAUAAAAUAAAACUUGUUAACAUAUGAUACAUUUAUA